GAGGAGCACUUGAAGACUGCCAGUGUGGGGGAGGGGAUUGGCUGAGCCCGCGGGCACAGUGCAUACAUGUGAUAACCGGGAGGCGUCGUGCCCCACACCAGGUGUUGGCGUACAUCAGCAGGACCACGACAAGCAAACCUGGGGUAUCCCUGGUCUACUCCAUGCCCUCCCACAACGUGUCGCUGCGGCUGCAGGGCCUCCUGGAGAAAGACUCUGGGUCCUACCGCUGCUCUGUGAAUGUGCAAGACCAUCAAGGCAUAAAUAGGAGCCACAGCAGCAAAACUUUAGAACUCAGUGUGCUGGUUCCUCUAGCUCCUCCGUCCUGCCGUCUCCUGGGUGUGGCCCGUGUGGGGACCAACGUGACCCUGAGCUGCCAGUCCCCCAGGAGUAAGCCAGCUGCCCAAUACCAGUGGGAGCGGGCACCCCCAUCCGCCCAGGUUUUCUUUGCACCAGUUUUAGGUGAGGGAACUUCUGGAGACAAAUGAGUGUGUGGCUGGGGCAGGGAAGGAUGAG